AGGGUGCAUUUUCAUUCUUGUCAACCAUAGGGCCAAACCAAAAGGCAUCUUCAUCUUCACCAAAGAUUUAAGCUUUUUUGUUUUUCCUUCUUCUCUUAUAAAUAUAUAUAUAUAUAAUUAGUUAUAUAAUCCUAAUCUUAAUCCCUUCAAGUAUUGUACCAUUGUUGUGGUUUGUUUGAGCCAUUAUAGAGCAAGCAAGAGGAUAUUUUUCUCACUUUGUUGUGGGGGGGCUAUAAAGAGAAACCCUUUGGGGGCCAGACACCUACUCACUCACACAUAGAGCUCUACAAAGGGGUUCCCAGAAACAAAAAAAAAGCAGAAAAAAAGCAGAGGACCAAUUUUAAAUAUCCAACGUAGGGGAAGAAAAAAUCAAAGGAGAAAUGAAGUACGUGUUGGUGACAGGUGGUGUUGUAAGUGGACUUGGGAAAGGAGUCACUGCUAGCAGUAUUGGACUCCUCCUCAAAGCUUGUGGUCUUCGAGUUACUUCUAUCAAGAUUGAUCCCUACCUGAACACUGAUGCUGGAACCAUGUCUCCUUUUGAGCAUGGGGAGGUUUUUGUCUUAGAUGAUGGUGGUGAGGUUGAUCUUGAUCUUGGAAACUAUGAAAGAUUUUUGGACAUCAAAUUAACUCGCGACAAUAAUAUCACGACUGGGAAAAUAUAUCAGUCUGUUAUUGAGAAGGAGAGAAGAGGAGAUUAUCUUGGGAAAACUGUCCAGGUUGUUCCGCACAUAACAGAUGCCAUUCAAGAGUGGAUAGAGCGUGUGGCAAAGAUACCAGUUGAUGGAAAAGAAGGGCCAGCUGAUGUUUGUGUCAUUGAAUUGGGUGGAACUAUAGGGGAUAUUGAGUCUAUGCCUUUUAUUGAAGCACUUGGCCAAUUUUCGUACCGUGUAGGCGCUGGCAACUUCUGUUUGGUUCAUGUCAGCCUGGUUCCUGUUCUCAAUGUUGUCGGUGAACAGAAAACAAAGCCAACCCAGCACAGUGUUCGUCAGCUUAGAGGAUUAGGUUUGACUCCUAAUCUACUUGCUUGUCGCAGUUCAAAGGAACUUGAUGACAAUGCUAAGGCAAAACUUGCUCAAUUUUGUCACGUGCCGUCAUCGCACAUACUUACUCUCCAUGAUGUUCCAAAUAUUUGGCACAUUCCUUUGCUAUUAAAAGACCAGAAGGCGCAUGAGGCGAUCCUGAAAGCAUUAAACCUGCUAGGUGUUGCUACAGAGCCUAAUUUGAAGGAGUGGAUAACGAGGACAAAAGUUGCCGACAAAUGUCAUGAAACUGUUAGAAUUGCGAUGGUGGGAAAAUACACUGGUCUUUCAGAUGCGUAUCUUUCUGUUGUGAAGGCACUUUUGCAUGCUUCUGUAGCUCGCAAUCGCAAACUUAUUGUGGACUGGGUUCCAGCUGGGGAUCUUGAAGAUGUUACUUAUAAAGAGGAUCCUGAUGCAUAUAAAACUGCUUGGAGUCUUUUGAAGGGUGCUAAUGGGGUUCUAGUUCCAGGAGGUUUUGGUGAUAGAGGAGUGCAAGGAAAAAUCCUUGCUGCUAAGUAUGCUCGAGAAAAUAAUGUUCCAUUUCUUGGCAUUUGCUUGGGUAUGCAGAUUGCUGUCAUUGAGUUUGCACGAUCUAUUCUGGGUCUGCAUGAUGCCACUAGCACAGAAUUUGAUCCUGAAGCCAAGAACCCUUGUGUCAUAUUUAUGCCAGAAGGUUCAAAGACUCAUAUGGGGGGAACUAUGCGUCUUGGUUCAAGGAGAACUUACUUUCAAGUUUCUGAAUGCAAAUCUGCAAAGUUGUAUGGUAAUGUUAGCUUUGCUGAUGAGCGACAUCGGCAUAGAUACGAGGUUAAUCCUGACAUGAUAUUUCAGCUAGAGAGUGCUGGUCUAUCUUUUGUUGGCAAAGAUGAAACUGGGAGGCGCAUGGAGAUAGUUGAACUGCCUAGCCAUCCUUUUUUUGUUGGCGUUCAGUUUCACCCUGAGUUCAAGUCCAGACCAGGGAAACCUUCUCCACUCUUCUCAGGAUUAAUAGCAGCAGCAUGUGAACAGAGGAGGAAAGUUAUGGUGCCUAGUAAUGGACACGCCAAGUUAACUAAUGGAAUAUAUAAUAAUGGACAUUCACCAAUACUGAAAGCCCACCAAAAUGGAAAUGGCUUCAAAUCACCCAAUGGUUAUGGUGUAUAUACCAAUGGCAAUGGUGUGUAUGUGGAUGGUAGUUGUUAGUGAUCUGUGUUUUGCUACUUUUCCAAUAAUCAAUGGUAUAAUUAUGUCCAAGGUUUGUCCUCGGUUGCAAUGUACAGUUAGUGAGUGGAUAGGUCUUUUAGCUGGGGACUUGUCUCAAAGCAUGAAACAAAUUUUGAGUCUAACAAGCUUUUGUAUUUUCCUAGUACGGUUGUCCUAUGGUGUGGCAGUUGUAGCCACCGUUGAUUUUCACUUUUGGUCUAACAUUGGCCAAAACUACACUCACUCAAUCAUGCCAAAUAUUUGGGCUUUGGUGGAUUUUCCGUGCAAUUUAGGAUUUUUCUUCUAUGUAUACAGGCUGAAGGUGUAAGAUUUUACUAUCGACCAAGUGUCU